CACGUUCAGACGCCCCACAAUGGUAGUAUUUCUCGACCUUAAAGCAGCAUUCGACUCUGUUGAUCGUGAGGUUCUAUGGCAGUGUUUGUCACUGAAAGGAGUACCAAAGAAGUACAUUAACCUUAUGAAGGCUCUCUACUCGAACAAAACUGGUCGAGUGAGAGCUUAUGGAGAACUGUCAUGCGAUUUUGCAACUUCAAGUGGUGUUUGGCAAGCUGUUCACCAUCUCCAUUUCUGUUCGAUUUCAUCGUAGGCCUACUGCUGGGAGUUCGGCAGUUCGUUCUGUUUUAAUUUACGGCAGCGAAACAUGGCCAUCAAGAGUAGAAGACACUCGCAAGCUACUAGUAUUUGACCACAGAUGCCUUAGAAAUAUUGUUGGCGUCUGCUGGGAUCACCGGGUAAGUAAUAGUGAGGUUAGAUGCAGGGUAUUAGGGAAUGAUGGUAAAUCAGUUGAUGAGGUUGUGAAUCUUCAUCGACUGAGAUGGCUGGGACAUGUGUUACGUAUGCCCAACGACCGACUGCCUCGACCUGCUAUGUUCAGUGGUAUAGGAGUAGGUUGGAAGAAAGCUAGGGGCGGCCAAACCAAAACAUGGCACAAGUCCAUGAAGUCACUGACAAGUGGACUGAGCCAUGUUGGUAGGUGUAGACUACCUGGUUGGGGACCACGAGAUGAUAGCAACCGAUGGUUAGAGACCCUGAAUGACAUGGCUCAAAAUCGUUUGCAAUGGCGCAGGUGCAUCCACUCUUUGUGUUCUCCCAAAUUCUAAUCUCCUGAUUCCUCCUCGUCUCUUUUUUCUCUUCUUAAAUUUAUUUCACUGUAUUAUACUCUUUAAAUAACAUCUCCAAACCCUAAUCUUUUCGAUUACUGCUUAUACUCUUACUACCUCUACCACUACGGGAUUUGAAUCGACUACUGCAUCCCUGUGCUAAUUUGUUAUGGCAACUCGAACUGAUGUACGAUGUACGAAGUUCUACGUUGUUACUGGCUGACUGACUGAUUUACCGUAUUUAUGUUCAUAAUAGUUAAAUAUUUUUGGAAAAGAAAAUAAAUACUGCCAAAUAAUUUAAUCGAAGUACUUGUAUUCGACUUUGGUUUUCGGAUGUUUAGUCGUUAUAUUUUUAAAGUUGUCAGUGAUGAUAACGACUAAAUAUUUCUUUUAUCAAAGAUACUAAUCAUCCAAUUAGAUAUCUUCGAAAAUUCAAUGAGUAUAUUUACCCUCUAAUGUCUGGUUAUGACAUUUACUGUAAGGGUUGAUUACCCACGGCUUCAUUUUCCUAAAGUUCGAUUUUUGAAGUGGUUCACUUUAUUGUAAAUUGUAGGAACUUUCGCGCGCUAUAGGUCAAUAAGUUUGCCCUUUAUUACACCGUAGAUUUUAAAAAUUACAGCAUUUUUCAUUCUUGAAAAUUACAACUAGUACGAUAGCUAGUAAAUGAAAACCACUUUUCAGUAACUUCCCGACAUUUUUCACUUUUUCGUACUCUUCUCGUUUUAUUUUCCAAACAGCUUGAAAAUCCCACUGUUGUCACUGACUAAGCCAAGUAUUUCUUACUACUUUUUCAUAUGGGCUAAUUUAAUUGAAGAAGCUUUGGAUACAUUAUCAGUGAGCAUAGGCAACAUGGAUUGUAAUAAAAUAAGUUUAUUGUCCCUGCGCCUACUAUUAUGUCUGUGGAUGCUUCUAACCAGCUGACUAGAAACCAUUACGUUCAUCUUAUCUAUUCUUCCACGUGCAUAACUACAUGCUGCAUCACUUAUCACUCAAAAACGCUAUUCGAGUACUGCAACUACUAUUCUAUUCUAUAUCCAUCGCACUGUAUAUCAGAACAUAGAGUUUAGAGCUAGUCUCUCAAAGAUACACUCUUGUUCGUCACAUCCAAGUCAGUCUCAUACGUCGCAAUCACUAACCAUAUGUAUUGGUAUUUUUGUCAUGCCUUGGUACGGUUUUGUAACAAACGAGGU